GUUAAAAUCCAUAAUUCAAGCUUUCUCGUGCGUAAAAGUCGAGCGUGACACUGACUGACUAUUGACGCACAGCUGGAGCACUCCCAUCACAUUUGCCGAGAAGUGAAGAGACAGUGGCUCGCGAUCUUUUAAGAAAAUCCUACGUUUUUGCUUCCAGGAGGAUACUCAACACCUUCCAUUUAUGUAAUGUGACCGUGGCGCACGCGCAUAUUGAGUCGCGUUGGAGGGCUUUCCAUGCAGGCUCCGAUUUGCGCACGUAUUACAGAACCACCUCGCGCACUCAACCGUCUCAAUUAAGGUGAUAUAAAGUCGGCAUCAAACCAGAGAAUUUAUGGACUCGAUUAUGGAACAAGAGGAUGUGCUCAAUUGUUCUUUGGCAACUUCUGCCCUCGCCAAUGGCUCCAGCAAAUUGACACAGGGUGUCCCCUUCCAGGGGAGCAGCGCGCUGCUGACAGCGAUCAUCUACAUCACAGUCUUCAUGGUAGGUUUGGCCGGCAACAGUCUGGCCAUCUACGUGGUGCUCCGCUAUGCCAACAUGAAAACGGUGACCAACAUCUACAUCCUCAACUUGGCUAUCGCCGACGAGCUCUACAUCAUCGGGCUGCCUUUCCUCACGACGCAAAAUGUGCUCUCCUACUGGCCCUUCGGAUCCUUCCUGUGUCGGCUCGUCAUGACCGCGGACUCCAUGAACCAGUUCACGUCGAUUUUCUGCCUCACUGUCAUGUCUGUUGACCGCUACCUGGCCGUGGUGCACCCGAUCCGGGGCACCAAGUGGAGGCACCCACGCGUGGCCAAGAUGGUGAGCGCAACAGUGUGGGCUGUUUCUUUUGUGGUGGUCCUGCCUGUGGUCAUCUUCUCUGAUGUGCAGGACACAUUUAACUCGUGCAACAUGAUCUGGCCUGAGCCAACAGACGUGUGGUCAACAGCCUUUAUUCUCUACACCGCCAUAGUAGGCUUCUUUGGACCCCUGCUCAUCAUCUGCCUCUGCUACCUCCUUAUAGUAAUCAAGGUGAAAUCCUCCAGCGUGCGGGUGGGCUUCACCUCACGGCGGCGUUCUGAGCGUAAGGUGACGCGGAUGGUGGUGGUUAUCGUGGUGGUUUUUGUCCUCUGCUGGCUGCCGUUCUUCAUCAUCAACAUCAUCAACGUCAUGGUCAUCAUCCCUGAGUCCAGUGCCACCGCUGGAAUAUACUUCUUUGCCGUCAUCCUGUCAUAUGCCAACUCCUGCGCCAACCCUCUGCUCUAUGGUUUCCUCUGUGACAACUUCAAGCAGAGCUUCAGAAAAGUGUUGUGUGUGAAGAGGUUGAGUUGCAAGGACCAUGGUGUGGAUGACGCCGACCCCAGCGCUCGCCGUAGAGUGAGGUCAAUGCCAAUUGAUUGUGCUCCUUACUCUCCUCCCCAUCAGGUGUCUUAUCACCCCCAGAGCAGCCAGAUCUUUCCUCAGCCUUCAGGCUUCCAGAUUUCUCACACAGCUGCUGACUUGCACGCCUGUGACUCUGCAUGCAAGCAGUCUACCUCCACAGUCACACAAUUCCCCAGGACCAUGACAACAAUUACAGAAACCCCCAUAAACACCCUGGCUGAAAUACCGGCUAUUUCUACAGUCACGAGAGAAUCUGCCGUCUCUUAGGGAAUAUAGCCUCUCGAAGAGGAGCUUGAGGAUGACAGAAGUGUGCGACGUCCAUGUGAAAAUUGGCAAUCGGGAAGCGUCUUGCUGGCCACAUAAUCUAGGUACCUAAAUCACAUUGCAAUGUGUUGCGGAAAAAAAAGAAGAAGCAAUUUUCAGAGCAAACAUUGGUAACUUCAACCACAUGGGAGAACUAUAUAUAUACAUAUAUAUAUAUAUAGUAUGUAUACGUAUAUGUAUACAUAUAUACAUACACACACACACACACACAUAUAUAAUGUAUAUAUAUAUAUAUAUAUAUUUUUUUUUUUUUAAGCUUAAGCUUUGGGAGCUUAAGAUCAGGGGAUGCUUUGAGUAUAAUUGUCAAUUUCUGUCUAUGUGAAGCCCUUUGAGACUGCUUGUGAUUUAGGGCUAUACAAAUAAACUUGACUUGAUAUUUCAUUGUAAUAUAUAAUACAGUGAACAAAAUGCCACUAUUCUAAUUUUUCACACACAAAAUGAAACAAAAAACAUUUGUCUUUUUUUCAUUUUCUUUUAUAUAAGUAAACAUGCUUUUCUUUUGCUAACUUUUGUUGAAUUGUAAUGAAUCUAGUGCAUUUAUUGUUACGUGUCCUUGUGGAUAGAUUUCUAUUUUUGAGCCUUCUGCUUGUUAUUUGCCGGAAACGUUUACAGUUGACUAUGUGCUUUUUAAUGUAAUUCAUACACAGAAGUGAUUCAAUGUUCUUCACUCACUUUAGGUUAAGUGUUGUGUAAAUGCAGUUCAUUUGCCAUUUACCAUUUACUUCUACAUCACGACAUCAUUUACAUGGAUAUUUUUUCCAGAAGCUGUGAUGGAAGUGAAUUAAAGGGUUGUAAAUUAAGAAAAUCAAAUGAAUGGAAGUGAUGUGUUGACCUGACAUAAAAUUACAAAAUUCUCAUUUGUGUUAUACCUUAGGCUACAUAAAUAAAGAACAUGACAAGUUUACAGUUGUGUAUGUUAUAGGAAACCAAAACACAAUACAUUUUUGUGAUUGCUCAAACGUCUCAAUGUUGUCAUUUGAUAAGUUGCUUGGGGAAAAAAAACGGUGGUCAUAAACCAGGCAUUUUGGCAUGGUACUGUCAUACAUGACAACAAAUCUACCAAGGAAUGCACGCAGACAACCUUAAAAUAAACAUCCUGCAAGACAAAGUGAAGCGGAACUUGGCUGCCCUGAUAUGAACCCGCUGAAGGGCUGAGGACAUUCUUUUGAAAACACCCAUUGGUUCUUAUUAUGUACGUGUAAUUUUAUAGAAUGGGGUUUUCCAUGUCAACCAGUUUUACUUGCUCUAUGUGUAAAAUAAAACUUGAUGCUGUGUUAACGGUCCAAGAGUUUUGCAUGCCCGGAGUGAUGGGUUAAAUCAUUACCAAUCAACUCUUCAGCCCUUUUGCCAUCUGGUGAGUAGUAAGCUUGAAGAUCUCUCAUCACUAUCCUCUAAGACUCUAAAUUGUCCAUUGAUGUGAAUGACUGUUUUUCUACUUGGCAAUCACUCCAGGUUG